AAGUACCCCGCACCACAACGUCUCAGUUCAAUCGCUCCUACCCCACCCUUUCCUUCAACAUCUCCAACCCCGCAUUCGUCAGUCCACUGUCCAUCCACUACCACUCCACCUUCCGUCUUCUGACUCCCAUAUCCCGCCGACUGAAGCAUUCUGUAUCACUCUAUCAUCUAUCAACCCUACCCUACCUUUAGAUAAAGAUACACCUCGGCAUUCAUCCGCUCUGGGUACUUGUCUCACUGGCUGGCAUCGGAACUCAUCCGCGGUUUCCCAUGGCCUCCCUCAUCCCACUCCAUGUCUCAUUCAUGUUUCCCCUUUGUACUUCCCCCGCACUUCACAGCACCUCUACUACAAAGCACCCGCGCACUAACUACAUCACCUUGACACCACUUGACCUCCCCCGCAGCCCAUCCCCACCUGUCCUCGACUCCCAAUCCCCAAUUGACUCUCUCAUUGGCCUCCCCCAUUGCCAUACCGAGCAAACUUAGUCCCAUUUAAUCACCUGCUCCCGCUUAAAGACCCUCUACUUCUUUCUUUUCUAUCGCGUCCCUUCUCUUCCUUCUUUUCUUUCCUCCUUCAUACUCAAUACUCACCUUCCUACCUCCAAAACCACCCCAAACCCUUUCGAGAAAUUAAAUCCUCCCCACGAUUUAGAAUAAUUCUUCCCCCAUUCCCCCAUUGGAUCGUCACUGUCUCACUCGAGCUCCGUGGGCCCUUCAACAUACGGGAUACCUCAAGCCUUUGCUAUAAUAACCACAGAUAAUCAUGUAUACCGCGUCAUUCGCCUUCUUCGAGGCGCUAUGGGAGGCCGGCGUCACCCAUUGCUUCGUCAACUUAGGCUCCGACCACCCUAGUAUCAUCGAGGCCAUGGUCAAGGGUCAGAAUGAGAAAAAGGGCGAGUUCCCAAGAAUUAUAACUUGUCCCAACGAGAUGGUAGCGCUGUCGAUGGCAGAUGGAUUUGCCCGACUAACCGGGAAGCCACAAUGUGUCAUUGUACACGUCGAUGUGGGAACACAAGGCCUCGGUGCUGCGGUUCACAACGCCAGCUGCGGGCGGGCACCUGUUCUCAUAUUUGCCGGCCUUUCACCAUUUACCAUCGAAGGCGAGAUGCGCGGGUCCCGAACCGAAUACAUCCACUGGAUCCAAGACGUGCCCGAUCAAAAACAAAUCGUCUCCCAAUACUGCCGUUACUCCGCCGAAAUCAAGACAGGAAAGAACAUCAAGCAGAUGGUCAACAGAGCCUUGCAGUUUGCAUGCAGUGACCCUGCAGGGCCAGUGUACCUCUGUGGUGCAAGAGAAGUCAUGGAAGAAGACCUCACCCCGUACUCCCUGGAACAAGCACACUGGAAUCCAGUUGAGCCUGCAGCUCUAUCAGAAAACGCCGUCAAGACCAUCUCCGACGCUCUUGCCGAAGCGAAGAACCCCCUGCUCAUCACCGGCUACAGUGGCAGGAACCAUAAGUCCGUCCCAGAGUUGGUUAAGUUAGCUGAUACAGUCAAAGGACUGAGAGUCCUUGACACGGGCGGCAGCGAUAUGUGUUUCCCCUUUGAUCAUCGUGCAUCACUGGGACUGAGAUACGGAAGUGAGGAGAACAUAACAACAGCAGAUGUCAUCGUUGUCAUCGAUUGCGAUGUCCCAUGGGUAAACACCCUGUGCAAGCCAUCGAAGACGGCCAGGAUAUAUCACAUUGAUGUGGAUCCACUUAAGCAGCAGAUCCCCGUCUUUUACCUGGCUGCCACAUCCAGAUAUAGGGCGGAUAGCUACACAUCGAUCAGCCAACUUACGAAGUAUUUAUCUUCGAAUUAUGCUGCUAAAUUUGCCGAGGAUACGUAUAACAGAAAAUGGGAGGCCCUGGCUCUAUCUCACCAAGCGCGCCUAGCAAACUUUGCUCAACUUGCAUUGCCAAAAGAUGACGGCUCGUUUGGCACUGGUUAUCUAUGCCGUACCCUCCGAAAGCUCGUUCCCGAGGAUACAAUUUUCGCAAUCGAAGCAGUGACGAACACCGGCUUCGUAGCUGACAAUAUCCAAGCAACUCUUCCUGGCUCUUGGAUCAACUGUGGGGGUGGUGGACUUGGUUGGUCUGGAGGCGGUGCACUGGGUAUCAAACUGGCCUCGGAAUAUGAGAAUGGCGCAGGAAAAGGGAAAUUCGUAGUCCAGAUCGUUGGGGAUGGUACAUUCCUGUUCAGUGUUCCCGGAAGUGUAUACUGGAUCUGUCAAAGAUACAAAAUCCCCAUCCUUACAAUUGUUCUGAACAACGAUGGAUGGCAUGCUCCCAAGAGGUCUCUCCUGUUGGUUCAUCCCGAUGGGCUUGGCUCGAAGGCUACGAAUGAGGAGCUGAACAUCUCAUUCGCCCCUACGCCCGACUAUGCAGGAAUCGCCAAAGCAGCAGCCGGGGGCAAGCUAUUUGCUGAGAAGGUGGCUAAGGCUUCUGAUCUCGAGGGGGUUCUCCAAAGGGCCGUCGACGCAGUUAAGGGUGGUACAACUGCCGUUAUUGACGCCGUUGUGGCUCCGGGUUGUUAGAUAUAUUAUUAUGUCUCGCACAGCUCCCAACAUGCCAGAGGAUCGAGGCGUGAUAGAACUUCUCGUCCAAUGAAUGUCACCUCCAUUCACAUGUAGCAUAUAAGUCACAGGAAGGCUUCUGGCUCAGAUCCAAAUUGAAAUAUUUAUGAAUAAAUUAGUAAAUAAUUCGUGCGGUAGUCGGCUUAUGCUAUCGAUAACGCCAAUAAAAUACAGGGUACUCCACGAAGGCGUGGCAAAUAACACAGG